AUGGGAAAUAAAAUUAGAUCCCCAGAGAAGUGUUGUAUUCAACUUACUAUUAUUUACUAUAUAUUUUAUGUCAUAGUGUUUUGUUAUAGAUGUAUUACUACUGUUAUUACUGUAUUUUGUAUUAUCGUUAUUAUUAUUACUGUUAUUACUAUUAUUUUACCACCAUUAUUAUUAUUAUUAUUAUUAUUAUUAUUAUUAUUAUUAUUAUUAUUAUUAUUAUUAUUAUUAUUAUUAUUAUUAUUAUUAUUAUUAUUAUUAUUAUUAUUAUUAUUAUUAUUAUUAUUAUUAUUAUUAUUAUUAUUAUUAUUAUUAUUAUUAUUAUUAUUAUUAUUAUUAUUAUUAUUAUUAUUGAAAGAGCACUUGAAAGAGAGUACACUUGAGUGUAAUUUGUAUGUACAUUGUCCUUACAUUUAUUGCGAGUGUAUUGUUUACUGUUUACUGUUACUGUUGUACUACUAUGCUACUGUUUUGCUCAUGAAAAGAACAACAGUAAAGUUGUAUGUCGACUCCUCGCUGUAA